GUUGUGUUGUUAAGUUCGCUUGUUGAAGGAGAAGUGGGCCUUGCUCAUUGUUGCAUUGUGCUAUCGUAACUAGUAAAUAGUUAAGUGGAAUUUUACCGCUUGACCUAGUGCGAAGCGAUGCCCGCAAGCGACGGAAACGGAAAUAAAUCAGAUUUAGAUAUUACUUCAGCAUUUGCAUGGCAUCGUCUUAACGCUACCCCAGAGAAAGAAAGGUUUGCUGUCGAAUCUGCAAGAAGAGAAUGGGACGGAAUUGCCACAGUGGAACCGAUGUAUCAACUCAAUAUGUACCCUUUGUCCCAUUUGACGUUCCAGCAAGCAUUAACGUACUUUCAACGGCUCUGUUCAGCUCAGAAGACGGAAAAUGUGAUUGUAGAAGUGGAGAGAAAAGGACUGUGCACACUUUUGUCUUGCUUGGUUGGUCCUCCACAACUGGAUGAACAUCUCAGCUCAGAGAGAGAGUUGGUGUUUGCCAUUUCAAAAUGUAAACUGGAUGUCAGAGAUGCAACACAUAUAAGAAUUCUCCAGACCGUGUAUUACAGAUUUACUGGUGCAAAUUUGGGCUGCCCAUGCUAUGGGGUGCACUGGGAGCAUAUAGGUUUUCAGGGCAGUGAUCCGGGCUCAGAUCUACGAGGUGUCGGGAUGCUGGGGAUGCUACAAUUGCUCUAUCUCAGUAGCAAUCCCAAAUUGUCAUCACUGGCACGCCACAUUUAUAGAGUGUCGACAGAUGCAACUCAUAGCUUUCCUCUUGCUGUACUGAGUUUCAACCUGACACGGGUAGCCUUGCAAGCUUUACGGCAUGGACAGCUUAACAGGGAAUGCAAUGAACGCCAACAGGUCUUUGAUGUGGUUAAUGAAUUUUAUGCUGCUAUUUUUUUCCAUCUGCUUCAAGUGUGGACCACGCAACAUAAGACCAUAAAGGACUCAGGAUUUGUGCUGAAAGAUGUUGAAUGGUUCUGCAGAAGCAAUGUUCGCUUAGUGCUGAAGAACCUACAGGCUCAUGUCAAAGCAGCUUCAGAAUCAUCCAUUGAGAAGCUGAGUUAUUUGGAAAGCUUCCAUGACUUACGAAGCCAGGCAAAAACUGAAGUAUUCAUUUAAAACUUCAAUUUUCAUGUAACAGUUAUAUAAACAGUUUUCAGUAUUAAAAUAUGUUGGUCUCAAAAAGCAGGUUGUACUCACGUAACAUUGAAGAUUGUAUUGGCCUACAUGUACACUAAUAAAUUUUUUUACACUAUUAGUCAUCUCAUAUAUUUUGAGUAGUAAGGUCCUCCACCAUUUGCAUUUACUAUGUCAGCACUGUUUGUGCAUUAAGGUAUAUUUUUGCCAUGUGUCCUACCUUUAAGCCUGUUUCUUAUAUUAUUCUUUUAUUCUUUUUCAUUGAUGCCACUCAAAUGCCCCUCCCCCCCC